AUGGAUUUAGAUCAGUUAGUUAUGAAAACAGAAAUCCACCCAAAUGGUGAUAUUCUACUAUAUUAUGUUGAUGAUAAUCAACAAGUAGUUGAGUCAGCUGCUGGUAUAGUAGAAAAUGAACAACAAGAAGAUAUACAAAUGAUAUCAGAAACAAAAUAUGUAAUUGAGGAUACCGGAGAAAGUGAGUCAGCUGACGAACUUGACUUGGCUCAAGCUAGUGAGCAAUUUGCUUCUGAGCAAUGGACAGAUGAAGAAAUCAGACGUCUUAUUAUAUUUUAUAUUGAUAACAAAGAGACAUUUCAAAGUGGUACAGCUAAAAAGAAACAUUUGUGGGCUGUUGCUUGUAAAACAAUGCUAUUGGGCAAACAGCCACUCUCGUGUGAAUACAAACUCAGGGAAUUUAGAGAAAAAUAUUUCCUCAUAAACUCUGAUAAGCUAGAGCAAGUUAUCAUACAAAGGCCAUUCUACAAUCUUUGCCAUAAAGCAUUUCAAGAUGAAAAUCCAAUAGAUAUGUACUUAAAUGUAUCAAAUAAAGAUAGUGAAAGCAUUAAGAAAGAAACCCCAAUAAAAAAAUCAAUGGAUACCAGUGUUGAAAAGAUGCUUAAUUUAUAUUUAAAGUAUAAAAAUAUUUAUGCUAAUAAUAUUAAUACAAAAACUAUAUGGGAAAGGAUUGCUAGGGAUAUGAAUGAAAAAGAUGUUGACUAUUGGUACAAGCGUUUCUUAAAUUAUAAGCAACAUUACAUCAAAAUGUUACAUAAAAGAAUUUACAGUGGAGAUGACGGAAUUCAUUGGCCUUAUAUGAGGCAUUUUGAUCAAAUUUUUGCGAAUGAUGAAGAAUUUCAGAAAAAAUUUGCUAUUGUUGAAAACACCCCAACUGAAAAAACAAUGGAAUGGAAUGAAACUGAAAAAACAUUCCUUUGUAAAUAUUAUUUUGAUUGUCUGCAUGAAUUCCACGAUCCUACCAUACCGAAUGAUUUUCUCUGGCAUGAUGUUGGACGGUUAUUGGAGAAACCAGCAGAAAAUUGCAAUGAAAAAUUUAAUUCAGUAAAAAAUGAACAUUUUGAAAAAUUAUUGGAGGGUGAUUACAAUUUAUCUGAACGUCUUACGUGGGAAAUAAUCAUGGAUAAUAUUAUAUAUAAAGAAACAUUAAAGGACUUAGAAAAUAAUUCUGAGGUCCUUGAAGAUUGGGAUAUGGAAUUACUAGACAUACUUGUCCAAUUUGUCUAUGAUAACAUAAACUUAGUUAAGGAUCCAGUGUGCUAUUAUGUAUGCUUAUCUGUUAUAACAAUUAAGUUAAACUGUGGAGUAGUAUCGUGUAAGAAUCAGUGGGAUAAUUUAGUAGAUGUAUAUAAGAGUAUUUUAAAUGACAAAAAAGAGAAUCCUGAAAUUCAAAUUGAUUGGCGUUAUAUUGAUAUGUUUGAUGUCAUAUUUGAUUAUGGCAUGGAUGUUCAUUUACUUGAUGGAUAUAAAAAAGAAAAAGUUGAAAAGAAACAAAAUCUACCUGCAAAACUUGAAGUUAAGAAAAUAAACAUGAAGGACCUCGAAGAUAACUAUUUUGAAAAUAUUGAUAAUGAUGAUAUAAGAUUUGACGAAAGAGGUUUUACGACCCGUGUCAAACGUGAUAUAGGAAGGGCAAAAGGAAUAAAAAUCCUAGAAUAUUACCUUAAAAAUAAGGAUAAAUUCAAUUCCCCAAAUUAUAAAAAGGCUGCCUUAUGGGAGAUAUUGUCAAAGGAAAUUGGAAUAUCGGCCACAGAGUGUGCGCAUAGAUUCAGAAACUUCAAGCAGAUAUAUUUAAAUCAUGUCCAAAGAGAAAUUACAAAACCGGAAUUGCCAAUAGUAUGGCCAUAUUUCACAAUAUGCAAGAAAGUUUUUGGUUACAGAGCAGUAAAGGCCAAACUGAAAAGUCACAAUAUUUUAAAUGAUACAGAAGAUUGGUCGCACCAAGAUAUAACUAAACUGAUAAAUUUUGCUACUGCUAACUUUGAUGAUGGUAAUGAGGAGAAAUGGAGAUGGGAAGAAAUUGCAAAUAUAACUGGUCAUACUGCAAUGGCUUGUUUGGAUAAAUAUUUUGAAUUGAGAAAAUGUUAUAGGAAGUUAAAAACAAUGAAAAGCAAUAAUCCAGAAAAAAGGGUGUCAUGGAAAUACUUUGAUGUUAUGGAUAAAAUAUAUACAAGAGAUAUGGUGGCAGAUAUAAAGAUGGAAGUGCAAGAUGAUGAUGAUUUUCAAUGUUUAAUAGUUAUACCAGAAGGACAAGAUAUAUCCCAAGCUCAAAUUAUUUACCCAAAUGAAGACAAGGCCAUCAAAAGCGAAUCAAAAUCAAAUAUCAUAUGGAAUAGACAAUCUAAAACGAAAUUAUUAAAUCUAUAUUUAAAAUACCUAAUAUCCCACGAUGAGAUUAUUCCAAAGCAAAUGUGGAAGGAGAUAUCUUUGGAAAUGGACGGAAAAUCGGCAAUUUCGUGCAAAAAGAUGUAUAUAUUACUAAAGAACAGAUAUAGGAAAAAUGAAAUGAAAUAUAAGCAAAUUUUCACAAAAAUUAUUCCACGUGAAAACAAACCGAAAGCCGUUGACUUGAGUGAUGAGAAAAUUGAAGCGGCUUUGGUUUUUUAUCUAAAAAACAUUGAGGAUUUUCUUAAUCCCCAAUUACAAGAUCUAAUGUGGUCGGAACUUGCUGGAUUAAUAUCGGAACCAGCGGAUGUAAUUAAUAAGAAGCUCAAUCAUUUAUUCACCACUGGAACACCUUUUGAAGAUCUGCUAAAGGAGAUAUCAGAGAAGGAGAAGUUGUUUAAGAUAGAUGCCUCCGAAGUUUCUGUUUGGACAGAUACAGAGACAGAGAGACUGUUAACCUGGUACUUAGCGCAUUUGGAUAAAUUUAAAAAUCCAGAAUGUGUGCGGAGCUAUCUAUGGAUGGAAGCGGCGGAUAUUCUGAAGAAAUCUCCGUUGGAUUGUUCGAAUAAAAUGAUGAACAUUCGCGCACAAUACAGAAUGAUGUUCAAGGAAAAUCCGGAAAAAUUACAAAAGUGGGAUUUCUAUAAUUUGUGUCAACGGAUCUAUGGGACAGGGAAGAAAAGCGAUAAUGAAUUAUAA